UUUCUGAUACUAGCGAAGCAUGCCCUUCCAAAGGGCAAAGGCCAAGUGUUCGUUGCUGGUAGGUGUUCUUCCCUAACAAUCCGCAGACGGGUAAUUCUCCUCCUAUUUCCCCCUAUAACUACACCCAAUCGUUUUGGAAUCCUGCUCCUCGGAUUCACUCCCCCUCACCUCCCUUCUCUGUUCUCCGAGCUCUCUCUUGGGGAGAGAUGGAGAUCGAUUUUGGAUCUGUUGCUGAGGAGUUGAAGUGCACCGGUUAGGAUUCCGACGAACGGAGGAAGCCCAACGUCGCUUUCAUCCCCUAUCUUCUUCAAGCCAGAUACACCUUCCUUCUCGACUGAUUUUCCCCACCAAGAUCCUUCUUAUAUUACUCAUCUCGAUCUCCAGAUCAAAUCCCAAAUCUUAGUUUGCAGGUUUGAUACAAGAGAAAUCUGGGAGCCCAAAGCCGGGCAACAGGUGUCCUAUCCACUAGCCUUCUCGGACAGAGGCCCCCCCUGUUGCUCGGAGCUUGGUGUUCUUCGUUAAUCUCGCCUCCUCGAUUCGGCAAAUCCUGCUUUAAAGCUGUAGUGGGUUUCACCCUCAGCAUACCGAUAGUUGAUAAGGGAUAAUUCCUGGAUAGAUCUGCAUAAGUCAAAGUUUUUUUUGCCUCCUCAUUUGAAAGAAUAGGUUCCUUUAUAUUUUUUUAUUGAUUUUUUAUGUGGCUCACAAAUCAGCAAGUCGACGAGACCCCGUUUUUCUUACUUUACUGAUGCUUUUCUUCUUCCUUAUAUCAGCCUUCUCCUUCUUCCUCCUCUUAUCCAGGUCACUUCCCUUGCAGCCUCUCCCUUCAUGGGCAAACGAGGGUAGAUUGCUUUCUUUCUUGUUUGCCCAAGAAUUCCAUUUGCUUUAUGUGAACUCUAUCAAGUACUUUUUCAAAUCCAUGGCUGCAAAAAAGCAUGCCUCUCGGAUCGAAAGCAUAGCGGAUUCGACCGAGAUUUCUGUUCUCGACUUGCCUGAGUUGGCCUUAGAGUGUAUUCUGGAAAAGCUUUCGCCUGCCGGGCUGUGUAACAUGGCUGGAGUCUGCAGGUCUUUGAGGCAGAGGUGCAGAAGUGAUUACUUGUGGGAGAGGCAGAUGAGGGAGAAGUGGGGGAGAGUGAUCGGAAAAGCGGCAGAAAGGAGUUGGAUUAAGUAUUUGAAUGUGAGGAACGAGUCCUCCGUCGCCACCGAGGCCUCCAUCGGAAAGACAAAGAGGCUAUUUGGAUCUCUCACACGUCUAUGGCUUCUUUCCCUGCUAAAGUUGAGGCUCGAUGGAAGUGGAAAGCAUAGGAGCUCUUUGCCUGAUGACUCCAUCAUGUCAUGGUAUUUGUCUCUGGAGACUGGCAAAUUCUGGUUCCCAGCUCAAAUCUACAACCGAGAGCAUGGACAUGUUGGUUUUAUGCUGUCAUGUUAUGAUGCAGAGCUAAGUUAUGAUUCUACCACAGACGCCUUCCGUGCCCGGUAUCCGCCUCAUGGGCGCCGGACCAUCGUAACUGAGGAAGGAGUAGAGUGGGACAGAAUAAGGGCAACACCUACUGAUAAUAAUCCGCACGAUUUACACCUCUCUGACUGCCUUCAUGAUCUUCAUCCUGGCGAUCAUAUUGAGAUCCAAUGGAGAAGAAACAAAGAAUUUCCAUAUGGAUGGUGGUAUGGAGUGGUAGGACACCUUGAAAGAUGUGAUGGAUAUGAACAUUUCUGCCGUUGUCAUAGUUCUGAAACCAUUAUCUUGGAGUUCAACCAAUACACUCCCGGUUCGAGGUGGAGGCAAACAACAGUAAACCGGAAGGAUCAUCGUGAAGAAGGAAAUGAGACCGAUGGAUUUUAUGGAGGAAUCAGAAAACUCUAUUCCAAGGUUGAAAUAUCUACAUGGAGGCAGCUAUGGCCAACAGACAUUUUGGAGUAGGCCUUAACUGUCUUCUAUCAGUUCUAUGCUUCAUUCCUUUGAUGCUUCUUCUCAUGAUUUGUAAAAUACAAAGAUUCCUCAUUUUCUCAGUAUCAAAGGCAAGAUAUUCAGUUUGAAGUUGUAAAUGUGCAUUAAAAUGUAGACUCAAGAGAAGAUUAUAUGAUUAUUCUGUAUUUUGCCAAA